UGACCCAAAAAGCUAAAGUUUCAGCCUUUGUAUAGGAGACUGGAAACACCACACAUACACACACACUCAGUCCCCCUCCCUUCAGCUUAAUUUCAUUCAAAUAUUCAAAACUAAAUUAUAAUUAUUACAUGUCUUGGUCACAAGUCCAGACUAAUAAGUAAUAUAUCCCCACACCCCACAUGGGCAGAACUCCAAAUUCUCAGAAAUCAUUGCUCUGUUCUUUUUAUUAAUUCAUGCCUAGAAGUUGUAAUAUAAAACCAGAGUAUAGUAGUUUAGAGAGAGAGGAUUUACUUAUUCUAAGUUGCUUUUAAGCUUCGGAGAUGGUGAGAGAGUGAGCUGGUUUUCCUUAGAAUUCACAUACUAAGCUGGAUAUAUUUCUUGGAAUUGCUUAUUUUGAGAUUUAGUGGAUUGAUUUUGAUUCCAGAAGAAGACAACACCAAUGUACAAAAAUUCAUUCCACAAAAAUGGCAUCUAGCUGUUGCAGAAUCUCCCCAGUCAUUUCUGUUUUUGUUCUCUUUAUGUUCUUUAUUUUCUCUGUUUGUCCAGUGGAAUCUGUAAAUUUCAAUGGUAGCGAUCAGAAUUUUGAUCCAAGAAAAGAAUCCGUGACGAUGAGGUUUAUCAGAGACCGUCUGAUGAAGAUCAAUAAACCCUCUAUCAAGACAAUUCAGAGUCCUGAUGGUGAUCUUAUAGAUUGUGUAUUAUCUCAUCUACAGCCAGCUUUUGAUCAUCCUCUAUUAAAAGGACAAAAACCAAUGGAACUCCCUGAAAGGCCAAAAGGGGAAAAUACAACAAGCAGCGUGUUUAAAGAAAAUGUUCAGUUAUGGUCUCUGUCUGGUGAAUUUUGCCCAGAAGGGACCAUUCCAAUUAGAAGAACAACAGAGCAAGAUUUUUUGAGGGCUAGUUCUAUACGAAGAUUCGGGAGAAAAAUACGAAGGCCUAUUCGAAGAGAUUCGUCUAGCAAUGGGCAUGAGCAUGCUGUAGGGUAUGUGAGUGGAAAUCAAUAUUAUGGAGCAAAAGCAAGCAUUAAUGUAUGGGCACCCAGAGUUGCAAAUCAGUAUGAAUUUAGCAUAUCACAGUUGUGGGUAAUUGCUGGUUCAUUCGGUAAUGAUCUCAAUACCAUUGAAGCUGGUUGGCAGGUUAGCCCGCAGCUGUAUGGGGACAACUAUCCUAGGUUCUUCACAUACUGGACUAGUGAUGCAUAUCAAGCAACAGGUUGUUACAAUUUGCUUUGCUCAGGAUUUGUUCAGAUUAACCAUAGAAUAGCAAUUGGGGCUGCAAUUUCUCCAAUCUCUUCAUACAAUAGGGGCCAAUUUGAUAUUAGCCUAUUAGUAUGGAAGGACCCAAAGCAUGGAAAUUGGUGGCUAGAGUUUGGCAAUGGGGUU